UUCGGGCAGCGGAUGGUAGUUUGGUCGAUGGGGAACGGAUCCUUCGUAUCGGGCUCAAAGAUUUUGGGCACUGGCCUAAUUGCCCCGGAACCGAUGACGUCCCCGGGGAGAUUACUAUUUCGUUUUCUCAACUUUACGAAAUGGUACAGGAGGCUGAGGCUAGAGCGGGGCUCUGUGAUUGUAAGAUGUAGGAUCGCGGGGAGAUAUAGCAUGAGAAUCUUCCGAAGCGGCCAAAGGAUCGGUCACCACCGGAGGAACUCACAAUAUUAGACGAGGCGCGGUUUGGGGUAGCCGAGGAAAGAAUCAAGAGGAAGCUUCGCGACCGGGACGGCCAUCAUAUCCCAGCAACCGAGAAAAGAGUCAAGAGAGAGCAAGCUUAGCGACUAGAAUAGCGAUUGAAUCCCAGACUAGGGCUCUUUUUUGGGGCAGGUGGCAAAGAUAGAGCUUGUAGUAUAUUUAGAUCUGCAGCUCUGAAUCCAGGCUUAUUGGUUGCGAAGUCCUCUCCAUCCAGG